AUGUCAGUUGGCUUAUUCCUGCGACAGUUUUGGGCGCUAUGGAAGAAGAACUGGAUCAUCAUCUGGAAGCAUAAAUGGCUGAACUUGUUUCGCUGUCUCCUACUACCAGCGCUCUUCGCUGGAUUCAUGCUUGCUGCUCAAGAGGAAACGUACUACGUUCAAGAGUAUAGCUUAGGCAGUCCCAUUCCCGUCAAAUCUCUUCAAACCCAAUUCUCGAGCUCCAAGAUCCUUGUCUGGGCCGACAACACGAACAGCAGCGGCUCUCCUGCCGCAUACUCGUUGAUGUCGCGCAUCACUAACGGUUUUUCUGACGCGCAGCAGAAUUCCGUUGUGCAUCUAGGGUCGUCUACGGAAUUCGCGACUGCUUGUACGCCAAACCUCGCCGGGUACUCGACCUGUUUCGCAGGCAUCACCUUUGACGCGCUCCCGGGUUCAUGGGACUCAUCCGAUAACACCAUCGUGAACUAUACCCUCAGCGGGGACAGCGGUCUGGGAUACAUUGAUGUUUUGGGGCAUACGUCGGACUUCGAGGAUAUCAUCAUGCCGUUACAGUGGGCUGUUGACCAAGCCAUCAUCUACCUAAGAACGGGGCAGGACGUGGACACACCCCUCGAGUGGCCGUUUUCACAGGAGACGGACAGCGAGCAGAACGAUGAUUUCAGGACAAAAUACAUUCGGAAUAUACGGAAUUACCUAAUGAUCGUAAUGUUUUUCGAGUUUAUCCCAAUCGCGUACCACCUUGGGGGCUGGUUUUCCACGGAACGAGCGACGUUGCUGGCGGAACUCAUGAAGGCCAUGGGGCUUCUCGACUCAGCCCGCGUCAUUUCCUGGCAUGUGACACUGUCUGUUGCAUACAUCCCCGGAUGGGUUGCUGCCGCUGUUAUAUGGCACUACGUCACGUUCACAAAGACGACGAUCGGCCUCCUUGUUGCUACGCACGUUCUAACAGGGCUCUCGCUUGCGAGCUGGACGCUCUUCGUAACAGUGCCCCUUAUGAACAUCCCACAGUUAGCUGCUUUAGCGCCCACCGUGCUGUCGAUUCUCUUUGCAGCAUUCGCGCUUCUCGCUAAGCAUGCGAGUACGACUGGUGCUUUUGUGUAUACAGUCGUGUUUCCCCCGGGCUUCUACGUGUUUUCCAUGCGGGCUAUAUGUGGAUGGGAAAGUCACCUGCUGGGCGCGAAAGCGGGUCAAGGGGACCCGGAUAACGGUUUGGUACUGACGCCGUUGUUUAUUGCUGCUGCGGUCAGCACAGUUAUGUGGCCCGUACUCGCGAUCUGGCUCGAAUCUGCGAUAUACGACUCGAAGCCCACCGUAAAGCGACCAUGGGUCCCUUGGUUAUCGGAACGCGGCUACGCUAAUAUGCCCUCGGAAACCCACCUUCUAGGGAGUGCUGUUUCUAUACGUAAUUUGAAGAUGGUUUUUCCGCCUUCGCUCCUCGGUCGCAAGAAUCCCGUAGUAGCAAUUGAGGAUUUGUCUUUAGACGUCCCAACGUCGGGUAUAUUUGUUCUACUUGGAUCAAACGGAGCUGGGAAGUCGACCACUCUCUCUGUUCUUGGCGGGCUUCUCACACCUACGUCCGGCAGCAUCGUAUUUGCGGGAGGUCGCGCUCGCCCUCCCCGUGGCGGUCUUGGCAUUGUUCCUCAGAAAGACAUACUUUUCCCCGACCUUACCUGCCUGCAGAUUCUCCGUGUCUGGCGUUCCAUAAAGCACUCCAGUUCUUCUCCCUCUCCCUCUGACGCCGACCUCCGACAGCUGCUGCGCGACUGCGGCCUGUCAAAGAAGAUAGACUCGUGUGCGAUGACUAUGUCUGGCGGACAAAAGCGCAAGUUGCAGCUUGCAUGUGGCCUCGUUGGUGACUCUCCCUUGCUGCUCGUAGACGAGUGUACAUCUGGCGUGGAUCCCCUGUCGCGCCGCGAUAUAUGGCGCGUCUUGAACGGCGUGAAGCACGAGCGCUCGAUCGUCUAUACAACGCAUUUUCUCGAUGAAGCGGACCUGCUCGCGGAUGAGAUUGCGAUUCUCGCGUCGCCUGGAAAGCUUGUUGCUGCUGGGUCGCCGGUCGCACUCAAGGCGAGGUACGGGAGCGGGUAUAAUUUGCAAGUAACGUUUUCUGCAGGGAGUGAGGACGAGAUCGAGUCACUGGCUCGGGAGGCUCUGAGGAGGUUGAAGCGGGUCAUACCCGAGGCGGAGAUGAACUCAGCAUCGCCGGUAACCAUGCGGUACCAUCUCCAUACAUGGGACCCACUCGUUAUCGAACGAGCGCUGACUCUCCUUGAGAACGACGUGCAUGUCUCACCAGCCAUUUCAUCGUGCGAUGUUCUUGGAACGUCGAUCGAAGACAUCUUUCUCGAUGUGCUCUCAGAAAAACCACCUCACUAUCCGAUCGACGGCGCUGGGACGCUAUACCUUCCCCCUACUUCACCCGAGUUUCCUCCUAAAAGCGAACCACCGAAAGUCCUUGCGGAUGGACGCAGGAUAUCGCCUUUCUACCAGGCCCUCAUCGUCGCAUACAAACGCUAUCUCAUCGCUCGUCGAAGCUGGUAUAUUCCCCUGCUUCUCACGCUCGUCGCUAUCCUCGGGUCAUGCGUCCCCAUCAUCUUUGUCUAUCGCCAACCCGCGGGCGACGUGUGUAUGCUCCAGCGAAGCGCCGUCACGCGUCAACCUCUUUAUCUUCCCGAUGCACUCGCCACCGCCGCUUCUACGGGAGGUGCGGGAAACGCCACAGAGACUCCGCUGCUCGUUUCCCCUCCUAGCGUCGCCUCUUUCAUGAGUCAAGAAUUGAACGGCGUGGAUAUAGUUAGCUUGCAGGACAACAACAGCUUUGUGUCGACUAUAUCUGGAGAUUACCUCAACAUACCGCUUGGCGGACUUUCCAUUCCCACUUCGACAAGCGCAGAGACCGGAGACACAUUGUUUGCAUGGGAGGCGUCUUCUGACGGUGGUCUAAAAGGGCUCGCGAUGCUUAACCUUGUCUCGAACCUCCUCUACACUCAAGCUCGGAACACGGCGGGUAAUAGCAGCGGAACAGCCAAUCCUGUCAUCUACGCAAGUUAUGAGCAGUUUCCGCCGAUCUCUGGGACAAGCUUACACGGCCUGGAGUGGCUGGCGAUCUUUGGGACUUGCAUGAUAAUCUACCCAGCGUUCUUUGCGGUGUACGUCUCCACCGAACGACAUACUUCUGUGAAGGCAAUGCAGAGGUCGAACGGCCUGAGUAGCGCGUUGGGGCUUUGGACGGGGCAUCUGAUGUUUGAUUCAUCCUUCGUGGUGGUUAUCAGUUCGCUCGUGGUAAUUGCCUUCGCGGCAUCGGGGCGCUUCUUCGAACUCGGGUUUUAUUGGAUCGUGCUUAUUCUGUACGGAGUCUCAGCUACGUUAUUGGCAUAUGUUACGACUCUGUUCAUGGCUUCGCCCCUCGGUGCAUUUGCGGUCUCAACGGGAUAUCAAUUCUUCAUUUUCAUUCUAUACAUGCUCGGUUAUUCCAUCUUUGUGUCGGGCACGAAAUCGACGGAAACAUCCCGGGUCACACAGAUAUUCACUUACGCCUUUAUAUGGCUUGCCCCAGUUGCAAGUCUCGAACGUGCAUCCUUCAUUUCCCUGGAUCUCUUCACCCUUCUUUGUUCCGGAACGUCAGAACUAUCCGUUUCCGAGCUAGGAAAAGUCAACAGUUUCGGUGGUCCAAUAUUGUAUCUCUCCGUCACCGCCCUUACCCUCUUCUGUAUCCUCCUCAUUGCCGAUGGUGGUCCGCUUCUUGGCGGCACGUCUCUCAAGUGCCUAUCAUGUGGGCGACGAAAACGCCUUCGGGCGAUAAAGAAGAUGCGACAGCAGGCGGGAACUGGCAUGGAUGUGCUGAGAGAGGACGUCGCCAGAGAGCGUAAUGCUGUCAAAAUGUCACGCGAUGAGCUGCGGGUCUUGAGUGUCACCAAAGCGUUCGAGAAGGGGAAGGUUGUAGUUGACGAUCUGAGCAUCGGCAUUGCGAAGGACACUAUUUUUGCACUGUUGGGUCCGAACGGAGCGGGAAAGACGACGACGUUUAACAUGAUCCGUGGAGACGUAACCCCUGAUCUAGGAGAUAUACUCGUCCACGAUGUCUCUGUCGCUUCGCAGCCUAACGCCUCACGCUUGUCGCUCGGAGUAUGCCCGCAGUUUACGGCUAUCGACGCACAUCUCACCGUGCGUGAGCAUCUGCUACUCUACGGCCUGUUCAAGGGCCUGAGCCGUGGAGCUGAGAUCGACAACAACGUGGAUUCUCUGCUGAGAGCGACUGAUUUAUGGGAGUAUCAUGAAAGGCUUGCUUGUCAGCUGUCUGGAGGAAACCAAAGGAAGUUGGCGUUGGCUAUCGCAUUGAUUGGUAACCCUUCUGUGAUCCUGAUCGACGAGUUUUCGACUGGCGUGGAUGCUCAAGUCAAGCGGGAUAUGUGGGGUAUACUGAGGAAGUUAGCGAUAGGUAAAGUGGUGGUGAUCACCACUCACUCAAUGGAAGAAGCAUCUGCGCUAGCAAGUAAAGUCGGAAUCUUGUCAACCAGGCUUUUAGCCAUCGGUACAUUAGACGAUCUCGCGAGCCGCUACGCAAACUACCAAGUCCAGUUUUCUUGCCGAACGCGGGAUGACGUCCUCCGUGUGCAGGAUGCUAUAAGCCGCAUACCCGGUGCGAUGCUCACCGAUGAUGCUACUACACGGUUUGAGGUUCAGAUCCACCGAGAGCAAGUCGGCACGAACGACGCCAGCGCAAUGAAAGCGUCAAUGUCUGAAAUGCCUGAAGUUGGUCCGAGAUUGACGCUCGCGCGGCUUUUCCGGCUACUGGCUGAGAGCGGUGUUCAAGAGUAUACAGUAGAGAAGGCAUCAUUGGAGAGUGUGUUUUUGCGUGUGGUCAAGGAGGGCGACGCAAUUCAGGAAGAGGCUUGAGAUUUCCAGAGGUUCACAUGGAUCUCGCGUUGUUAAAGGUUUG